AAAAUGUUUAAUUUUAUGUUUCAUAACAAUUUUCAUUACAUUUCUAGAAUUUUAUGAUAUUAUUAUGUAUCUCUAGGCUUCCUGUAGAACAGUUUCUAUUGCUCAAGAGUCUGAACAAUCUUGUUUAUUUUCUAAAGGAGAUUUGUGUCUUGUUUGAGUUAAUAAAUGGUUAAGAAUGUUUUAUGAAUAUGUAUCUUUUCUUAUUCUUACAGAGUGCAGCGUGUGCGCAGCGGCGGCGGCGGCAGCGGCAGCCUCUGCAGCUGCUGCAGCUGCAUGGGCCAGCUCCAGUGCCGAAGCCUCUUCCACCAAACUUGCUGCACAGGUGGUAAAUAGCACUGUGAACGGUGCCGUCAAUGGAGCCGUCAACGGUGGCUCACCUAAAUAUAAUGGAAAUUGUGCGGGCGCGGGGUCGACAGGGGUGACAGGGGUGACACGACGCGGGCGCUGCAAAUGGUUCAACGUCGCGAAAGGAUGGGGCUUCAUCACGCCGCAAGACGGCGGGCAGGAUGUCUUCGUACAUCAGAGCGUCAUCCAAAUGCCAGGAUUCCGGUCUCUGGGCGACGAGGAAGAGGUGGAAUUCGAGUGCAAGGAGUCCGACAAGGGAUUGGAGGCCACACGUGUGUCCGGGCCUUCCGCUGUAGAUUGCCAGGGCUCGCAUCGCCGACCACUUUCUAAGAAACGAUUCCGGAAAAUUCGUUGUUACAACUGCGGCGAAUUCGCCAAUCAUAUAGCGGCAAAGUGCAGCAUCGGUCCACAACCAAAGAGAUGUCACAAUUGCAAGAGCGAGGACCAUCUCAUUGCUGACUGUCCUGUAAAGGUCGAGAAGAAGAAAGAAGACCCACAGUCUAACACUUCGGGCAGCUCACAGGACAGUCAAGGAGUCAGCCUGAGUAGCCCGCAACAGUAAUUUGGCUUCCGGUACUCUUAGGUCACUAGAGAUAAAACACAGAGUAUAAAAUAUUAUGCUAUUAAAAAAACACCAGCCAAUACCGUACUGGUUCCGUUUCAGUACGUUUAGGCUCAAGUCACACUGAGGUAGAGCCGAAGCCUCGCGUCGCGUCCUGUUUUUUACCUACAACGACUGGCGACGCGCGUCGACGCGCUUCAACGUUCGCAAUAGUGCGCCCAGAUCACAGCGCUCCAUAACGACGCUUGACUCCA